AUGGCCCAACGGCGUCCCUCUUCGGCUGCUUCUUUGGCUCAGUAUAUUCAUCAGCAGGACCCACCUGCAGAUCCAUCAGGUCUCGACUUUUGUAACGCUUUCUGGGGACCUAAUGAUGCUGGUUACGAGGUCUUGCUCGCCCGGAUGCGGGGCGCAAUGCGCACGAUGGAGGAACUCAGAGCGUUCUGGAAAGAACGAACAGUGAUUGAAAAUGAAUAUGCCACCAAGUUGACAAAGCUGGCGAAGUUCACAUUGGGCAGGGAUGAAAUUGGAGAGCUCCGAAACUCGCUCGAUACCCUUAAAAUGGAGACCGAGAAGCAAGCAGCUGUUCACCAGGAACUCGCUGGCAAGAUGCGCCAGGAGCUGGAACUUCCUGUCGCAUCAUUCAUCACUCGACAGAUCUCCCACAAAAAGACGAUUCAAUCCACUGUUGAAAAGUCUUUCAAGAACAAGCAGGCCCAGGAAGGCCACGUUUCGAAAGCUCGAGAGCGGUACGAAUCCGACUGUCUCAGAAUCAACUCGGCGAUAGCACAGCAAACGCUUGUGCAGGGGAAGGAACUUGAGAAGGUUCGCAUGAAGCUCGAGCGUGCUCAAUCCACGAUUGCCAACAACGAGAAGGAAUAUCAGAAUUUCACGCGUGCUCUUCAGGAGACCACGAAGAAGUGGGAACAGCAGUGGAAGGACUUCUGCGAUACCUCCCAAGACCUUGAAGAUGAUCGGAUCGAGUUUAUGAAGGAUAAUAUGUGGAGCUACGCCAACGCCGUCAGUAGCGUUUGUGUGAGCGACGACGAGUCUUGUGAACAUACCCGCGUGUCCCUCGAGCAGCUGGAGGUCGAUCGCGAUCUUGAAACCUUCAUCAGCUCCUACAGUACGGGGUCGAUCAUCCCUGACCCGCCCCGAUUCGUCGACUUCCGUGCCGGUGCCCCUGGCGAUACGCAGCAGCGAAGGGGCAGACAGGCACGAUUCGUUCGAGAAAGCAAGAAGAUCGGAGCUCCCCUGUAUGGUACGACCCCCGGGGAGGAUUAUGAACUGGACGAGCGUGCCGUUUCAGGCGGGAGUAGGGCAGCGACGCCGUUCGAGUCACACCCCGCGCUGCCGCCCUCCCAACCACCGCCUUCUGCCCAACAGCCACCAUCGAUGCAGCAGGGCCCCUAUCCAGGACAACCAGGCGGUCGAUCUGCUCCGCUUGAGCCUGUAAUGCUGAACGUUGGUUCUGCAGCAUAUCACGUUGACCCGAACGCGGACCCACAGCGCGCACUAUCUAAUCGUCGGCCCUCAGUCUCUAAUUCUAUAAACGCUUCCUCUGCCGCACCUGGCGGGAGCGAUGAUCCUCUUGCACAGGCGAUGAACCAACUGCGGCAAGACAGUGUGCGCCGAGGUACGACCCCAACGCAGAAGGGGACAGGCAAUAGCGUUACGUCGCCUUCCUCCGCGUAUUCCAACCAUGCCUCUAGUGGUAUCCCACCUGGAAGAGGGCCGGCCCAGCCGGUCAACUACGAUUCAAUCUCUGAUUCUGUAGUCGGCGGUCCUCCCCCAAGUGUCACAUCACCUGGCGCCAACGGGCCACCCAUGGCCAAGUUCAUGCAGGAGCCCGCACGCCAGGGGGGCGAACUCCCCGUUGACAACGUGCUGAGAAAUUAUCAGCAGUCCUUCCCUCACGAGCACAAGGGCUCGAGCCGCCCAUCGAGCGCCUUGAGUCGGCGUAGCACGCAGGUUGUUUCGUCCCCGGGAAUGAACCCACCUCAACAGCAGCAGCAGCAGCAGCGCCCUGUGAGCCCAGCACGAGAAGGGUUCUCCGGCAUUGGCGCUCAGGGUCGCUCACCCAGCCCACUAUUCCAGCAGAACCCGCAGGUGCAGCGUGCCAUCAGUCCGUACGCUCCGUCGGUUUCCUCUGGCCAGCGGAUGCCGCAGACCGAGAGCCCGGCAGCGAUGAGUGGCCGUGCUUUGUCCCCCCAGCCGCCUAUGAAUGGGCAUAGGCCAGUCUCCCCUGCCGGCGUAUAUGGAAUCGAACUGGAUGCUUCUGGGAAAGUGGCACGGGACUCGGUGGCCGAAGAGUACCAGCGCAAGAUUAGGGAGGAAGAUGAACGGAGGCGACGGGAAGAAGAGGAGCGCGUCCGCCGGCAGAGGGAGGAAGAGGAUCGUGCACGUCGUGCGAGAGAGGAAGAAGAACGUCGGAGGCUGGAAGACCUCAGGCAGCGGCAACUGGCCGAGCAGGCACGUCUUGCCCAGCAGCAACAGCCACAGCAAACCGGGUACAACCAGUCAGCUGCCCGUGGGCAGUACUCCAACUACCCCCCACCUGGGCAGCCCCAAUACCAGCAGCCCCCGCCCCCGCCCCAACCCACUCAGCAGCAGUUCCCGGCCUAUCAGCAGCCCGCCCAGCCCCAAGGGUAUGGGCCACCCGGAUCACAGCCGCAGCAGUAUGGCCAAGCCCCGCCGUCGCAGUUCCCACCACCACCGAGGCAACCGAGCUAUGACAACUACUACCAGCAAGGACAACAGCCCCCACCUCCGCCCAUUCAGCAAACAUCUCAGCAGGCACCUGCCCCGCCACCUGCGAGGGAGAUGCAGCCUCCUCAAGGCAAUGGAAACCCACCUCCGACGGGCCAGUGGACGAGCACGGGAGAAGGCAUUCUUUUCUAUGUGAAAGCACUCUAUGAUUAUCAAGCGACCAUCGAGGAGGAGUUCGACUUCCAGCUGGGAGAUAUCAUCGCAGUGACUGCCACGCCAGAAGAUGGCUGGUGGAGUGGAGAGUUACUGGAUGAGGCCAGACGGCAGAAGGGGAAGCAUAUUUUCCCAAGCAACUUUGUGUGCUUGUUCUAAGUGCGAGGUCGCUCUGUUUCUGUGAGUAUAUGAUAGCAACGGAGAACGGCAGGCCGUGUCGGUGCAUAAUUUGUCGAUAGUCUCUCGCGAUACUGUUGGUUAUAUAUACC